AAGAAGAAGAAGAUUUCCUACUGGGUAUUGCACUCGUUUCCACAAAUUUCUAGAAUCUGCAAUCGACCUAACAUUUCAGGAUCUUCAACAGUGGUAACUAUUUUCAUUGUUCCGGAAAACAAAGAUUUGAUCCUGCGACAGAAGUCACAAAGAAUGGCUUCGGUAAAGUACGAUUGGUAUCAAUCGGACACGGCCGUAACUAUUACGGUUUUACUUAAAAACGCUGCCGACAAGAACUAUUCCGUAACCCUCGAACAGAGCACAGUACGGCUGACGGCAGAUGGAAUCGAUCCGAUAGUGCUGAACCUUUGGAACGAUAUCAAUGUGGAUCAGAGCUCGCACAAAGCUUCCCCUAGCAAGGUGGAGAUCAAGCUGGCCAAAUUGAUCGGCAAUCGGUGGGAAGCGCUAGAGAAAAAAGCACAAGCCGUGGCCACUACGGAUCCGGCAGUCAAGAAAAAACCUCAUGACUGGGACAAGAUUUCCAAAGAGAUUGAAAAACAGGAUGCCGAGGAUAAACCGGAGGGCGAUCAAGCUGUAAAGGAACUGUUCCAGAAAAUCUACGCCGACGCAAGCGACGACACCAAAAAGGCCAUGAUGAAAUCGUUCUACGAAUCCGGAGGCACCGUGCUUAGCACAAACUGGUCCGAAGUGGGCGCUCAAAAGGUCGAUGUCAAACCUCCGGAUGGUUGUGAGUUCAAAAAAUGGGAAAACUAAGCGAGAUCAUAGAUUCAUCAGCACCACCCCUUCUUGAACGCGAUAUUUAAGUUUUCGUUUGAAUUUCUUUUUCAUUUAUCGAGAUAAGUUUGCUUCUUUUUUACUUUUUCCUUGAACUAACCAUUGAAUGCUCUUGAAUGAAUCGGAUUGAUAUCACCGUGUAUGAUAAACUAACAAAAUCAAUAAUUUAUUCGAGUUCCGAUUAAAAAAAUCACAAAUUGA